UUUGUUUCCAACAUCUUGGUAGAGUCCAAGAAAAACCAAAACUCCUAUGGUUGACCAAAGUGAAGGAAAGUCUUUUUCUUCCAAAGUUCCAACUUUUAUGCGAUCACUCAACUAAAAAUUGUGGGAAGAUUGAGAAUCUUCCCUCUAAUAAUUUGGGAGCACUACUUAUCACAAUGUAAGCCAAUAAUACGCCAUAUGUUCGAGAAAAUGACCCAAUGAAAAUAAUAGUUGUAUGCAAAUUUUAGCUCCUUUGGUGAUUCACCUAUAAAAAUUUCUCCAAAAGAAAGAGAAGAAGUGCUUUACACGUUGUAGUUUUUGCCGUGGAAGAAGUAUUGAACUCACUAUUAUACUCCAUGAUCAUGGCACUCAAUUUCUUUACUGUUUCUCAACCAACCUUCAAAAACUGCAAAAAAUUCAUACCCAGAAACCUAAAGAUUCAAAAAUGGAGUCUUGGGUUGGUACAUUGUUCAAGGACAUUGGAGAAAAGGUUGGAUUUUCUGGGCAUUCAUCAACUACUACCCUUUUCACUUUAUUAUCUCGAGAAAAUGAAGUUGAAGAAAUCCCAACAAAUUCAGAAACUUCUAUUGAUUAUUUUCCUUCAAGGUUGUCACCUCCAGAACUGCUGCUACUUAUUCAGUAUGUUUUGCAAAUGGAGCUCCUAAACGCAAGCCACAAUCUCAAUAAUAUUUUGGGAAGACUCCUAUUCAUGGAACAUUUGGCCUCUGAGAGCGUUUCUUCUGCACCUUGUUUGGCGUUUGACAUGAGCAAGAAGGGGCAUGCUUGUAUUACAGCACCACUUGGGGUGAAGGCAUGGCCACCGGAGGUGGGCUACACUUUUGUUUGCUGGUUUCAGUAUAUAGGUUUAAAAUCACAGCAAACAGAACACCGAGGGACAAUGAAACUGAAAUUGUUUUCUCUUAAUUCAACAGAUAGUGAGAACACAUUGGAGGAAGAACUUUAUCUCCAGGAGGGUGGUGUGCUAACUUUUGCAAUAAAUAGUAGCUCUUCACUGUCUUUUCCUAGUUUGGAAUUGAAAGAAGGCGUAUGGUACCAUCUUGCCAUUGUCCGAAGCAAGAGAAUUGAUGUAGAUACAGAGAAUUUCUCUGGUAGUGUGCAGAGUGUACACAUAUAUCUUAAUGGGAAGCUGAGCGACACUGCGGAACUUGCAUACACUCCAAUGCUUGUUAACAGGGAAUUGCAGAUAAUUAUUGGAACACCUGCUAACCAUGCAAGGGUGAGUGAUUUGCAGUGGGAACUUCGAAGUUGCUACCUUUUUCAAGAACCUCUCUCUGCCGAGAUCGUCCAUUUUAUGUACACGCUUGCUAAAAGAUGCAAACUUUUAGUUCAAGGCUUAGAUGAUUCUCACUCCAAUUUGAAUGAAGACGGUGGGGGAGAGAGAUUUUCUACGUUAGACUCAAGUUUAGAUACUGGAACAGGAAGUUUAGAUACUUCUGACAAGUCAAAGAGACCUGAGACAGAUGGCUCAGAGACAAUUUGGGACAUGGAUAUGCUAGAAAAUCUCUGGUUGCAACUUUUUAGAAAGAAACUUCUGUGUGCCUUUAAUGCAGCACGGAUAGAAGCUUUGCCAGCAUCACAUACUUUGACCUUGCUCAAUCUUGUUGAUCCUAUGUCAGCUGCUGCUUCUCCAACUGGAAUUCCACGCUUUGGGCAUUUCUAUGGUGAUGUCUCCAUCUGUAGGAGGUGUAUAAUAGGAAAUGUCAUGUGCCCAGUUACAGGGAUAGCUGUUAUUUUAGCUCUUAUUGAAACUGCUAAAACAAGCAACACACUUCACAUAGCCUUGACGUUACUUGCGUCUGUUCUUCAACGGAAUCCUCAGAGGGUUCAACAGAUGAAAGCAUGCAAAGGUUAUGAGUUGCUAUCUCUAUACCUCCAAAGGAAAAUGUCCUUGUUUGACGUUCAAUGUCUUGAGAUUCUUUUCAAGAUUGCCGUGUCUGAGGAUCCAUUAAAACUAAAGAAUAGCCAAACUACUUCUCCAUUUGCAGAAGCCUUGCCUCUGUCCAGUUCUCUAGAAGCUAAUACAGCAGAGUUUCUGGACAAUAUUUCUCCAAUGGGGAAUCAUGGGAGUGUACAUGAUUUCUCUACAAAUGGAAUAACAAGUCAUAAUUUUGAUCGUGUGGCUAAUACAACAGCUGCUUCAUUGAUCUCCAGUGCAAUAUCUGAUGCUGAUAUAGUAGAGUAUGUCUUGCUGGACUGGACACUCUGGGUGAUUGCACCUGUUUCCAUCCAGCUUCAAAUACUGAGUUUCUUUGAGAAUUUGAUCACUGUGUAUACAUACAAAGAUCAUAAUCUCACUGUUCUUCGAGAAAGAAACAUUGUUCAUCAUGUGCUAGCAGAUUUACGAAGGGAUGAUGUUGAAAUGCUUGUCUUAGAGAAAUUUGUUAUCCUACUCGGUGUCAUCUUACAGCACGAGUUUCUUGACUCUGAAUUGGAAAGCGUUGCAACAUUCGUGCUUACAACCUUUGAUCCUCCUGAAGUAAUGAAACCUUUUCAAAUCACAAGAGAGGAAAAGAGUAAGCAUCUGACUAUGAGAAAUAUCCUCCUGGAGACACUCGUCGACUUACAAGUGACUAUAUAUUCAGAUGAAUUGCUUGAGAAAUGGCAUGAAAUUGUCUCAUCAAAACUCAUUAAAUAUUUUCUUGAUGAGGCUGUUCAUCCUACAAGCAUGAUAUGGAUCAUUACCCAUCUGGGUUUAUGCCUCACAUCAUCUCCUGGAUUUCCUAUUAAAUUUGAGAGCAGUGGGGGCUACCAAGCACUGGCUCGUGUACUUCCAAGGUUCUAUGAUUUUCUUGACAUAUAUUAUACUCUUUUCUGCUUGAUAUUUGGCAAGCCUAUAUACCCAAGAUUACCUGAAGUUGGAAUUAUGGACUUUGAGGCAUUAAUGCUGAGUAAUGAGGAAUUUGGUGACUUGAAAUUUGCCGGCCUUUUGGAUUCUGUAAUUGCUAUGGUGAAAGUUGUAUUUGAUCAGAUAAAAGUCCAACCAAAUCUUGCUCUGCAAGCUGCAGCUGUCUCUCAAGCUUCUGCAGUGGACCUUGCAGAGGAAAACAUCGAUAUUAUAGAAGUAAAAAUUGGUGAAGAAGCUGUGAGGCACACAACGCAUACUGCAGCUUUACAUGGUUGGGAGGCCUCUGCUACUAAUGCAACUUCAGUUCUGAGAUUUAUGGCUAACUUCGCUAAGAUGUCACCCUCUUUCUCUAUUAUUUGUGAUCGAACUGGAUUUCUUGAAAGUUGUGUGGAUCUUUACUUCUCUGUUGUGAGGGCUUAUAUGGCUAUAAAGUUGACCAGAGAACCUAAUGUUGCAACAACUUCCACCAGUUCUUCCAUCUUAGCUAGUGAAGGCGAUGAAUUCCCAUCUUCAAAGUCUGGUUUUCAGAAAUCAUCCACUGAACAUCCAAAUUUUAUGACAACCUCCCAUCUUCUGCUGGAAAUUGACAAUUCUGGCUAUAGUGGUGAACCAAGUUCAGUAGGAGGCACGGCUAUCUUGGAUCUUAUAGCAGAAGUACUCUCAAUUACUCUGAUUGAGCAUACAAAUCCAGUUGCAACAAUUGAAAACCUUUUAGAGAGUGUCCCCUUAUAUCUUGAUUCGGAAUCUAUUCUAACUUUCCGUGCACUUUGCCUCACUCGAGUCAUGAAUUAUUUGGAGAGACGACUUCUACAGAGUGAUGAGACAUAUAACCAAAGAAGGGAUAAGAACAAUUUGUGGUCAAAUUUAGGAUCAUUUUGCAAUUUGAUUGUUGACUGUGUUUUUCUGGGUGUUUUCCCUCGGCCUUCAGAUGUGAUGAGAGUGCUAGAAUUCUGUUUAUUGAUGCUGCAUUCAGUAAAGAAAGACUAUCAAACUCAGGAAUCAUCCAUGCCAUGGACUGGCCUAGUAUCAAUUUUGAGAGGAAGCAAGCCAAUAAAUGUUAUCUAUAAGAGCACAAAUAGGAUGGUGCUGUAUUGUUUUCUUCCAUCCUUCUUGGCAUCCCUUGAGAAGGAUCCUCUCAUUUCACAAGAAGAAAAAAGGGUAGAUAUUUGCCUAGUUUUGGAACUGAUACAUGCUCAUAAAGAAAUCAUCUUCCAUCCAAGCAAUGUGGAUACUGAUCUUUAUUGCUCCCUCUGCAUUAAUCUUAUCGCACUCUUCUCUGACCAGCAAACAGAUGCUCGAAAUGCUGCCAUGAGUAUCCUAAAGUACUUGCUAGUACAUUCCCGAGCCUCCCUUGAAGACGUGCUCAUAUCAAAACCAGGGCACAACAAGAAAAUCUUGGAUGUACUGAAUGGGGGUUUCGAUAAACUCUUGACAGAAAACAUGUCUACUUUCAUGAGGUGGUUUCAGAGGUCCGAGCAUGAUAUUAAGCGUGUGUUGCAGCAGUUUGCGGAGAUCAGAUGGUCACAAUAUAUUGAAGAAUCAACAAAGUUCAGAAGAGAAAGAUUUGAGUUAUUGGAGGAUCAUUGGGCAACUAAAAUGGGAAGGAAGGUUGAGCAUGCUACUAAACUUGAUAUCGCGUAUUGGGAUCAGUGCAUUCAAAGGAGGUCUACUCUUUCAGCAAUGAAAAACGUAAUGAGUACUGAGUUAAAGCUUGGUUAUGAGAAGAAGCGCGAAUCAGUUCAUCAUGCAGAGAAUGAAUGGAGAAGUCAUUUUGAACAACUUGGGCAUGAACAUAAAGGGGAGAUCAUUAGCUCUUUAGUUUGGGAAGAUUACUGGCCCUUGUGAUUAAUAGAUUGCAAACAUUUGUAAGCAUUAAGAAUAAGUUGCCAAGUUUUAUUAGAUAAAAGUUUAUGUUGUUUUUAUAUGUUGCUUAAUUAAUUGGGUGAUUGAUUAGCAAUGAUAGAACAAUCUCCACAAGGGAUGCACAAUAGUGCUGGAUCUAGAAAAGUUAUAAUUGGGUGAUGUUUAUGUUCCAGGUGAAGUGUGAGUGUAUUUAUACCCUA